AUGCCGCCCCGUAGGGAACCCGAUCACCCAGUUCUACCUCAGGCCACGGUGGUCGCACAGUUUCGCGACUAUCACCCUGAGAAAUUUUCUGGGCAGGGAGACCCUCGUAUCGUGGACGAGUGGAUUCAGGGCCUUGAGUUUAUUUUCGAGCUGAUCCGCGAGAAGUACUACCCCACCUACUACAGAGCAGAGAUGGAGCGUCAGUUUCUAUCGCUCAAACAUGGUACUCGGACUGUAGACGAGUACGAAAGAGAGUUUACCAGACUUGCAGCUUUUGUUCCUGACUUGGUUCGUACGGAGGCCCAGAGAGCACAGUGCUUCAUUGACGGACUUUGCCCAGCAGUCCGUCAUAACAUUGUAGGUCACGGGGCUCAGACGUACGCUUGUGCAGUUUCCAUUGCCCAGGAGGUGGACGCCAGCAUCAGGAGGGAGGCCAUCCAUGAUCGUCCUCAGCCAUUCGCUCCCGCCCAGUCAUCUACAUCUCUACCAGCUCUACCAGCUGCCCAGCCGACGAAGGAGAAGAAGAGAAAGGGGAAGGGCGCACAGACAGAUCGAAGGACCCGACAGAGGCAGCAGCUGUUAGAGCCCGGACACUUUGCUAACCGUUGUCCGAAGAAGGCGCAGCAGCCCCCGCAGCCUCAGCAGCCACAGCAGCAGCAGCAGCCCCGUCAGCAGGCUCAAAGGCCACCACAGCAGCAGCAGCAGCAGAGGGGCAGACAGCAGUCCCGAGUCUACGUAGUCGAUCAGGUCGAGGCCGAGCAGCAGCCAGGUACUAUGUCAGGGAUGAUCAUGCUUAAUAAUAUUCUUGUGUUCGCUUUAUUCAAUACUAGAGCGACGCAUUCUUUCAUUUCACGACGAUGUCUUGAUGCCAUCGGAGUUCACGCUACCACUGCUAUCGAUCCUUUCGAGGUGAGUUUAGCCUCGGGACGAAAGAUAGUGACCUCAGCUAAAGCUUCAGAUCUCAGCCUCUCCAUCGGUGGUCGUUCAUUGUCUGCCGACGCAUAUGUUCUUGAGAUGAGAGAUUUUGACCUUAUUCUCGGGAUGGAUUGGCUAUCUUUUUAUCUUGCAGAUAUCAGACAUCAUGACCAGGAGAUUACUCUUUAUCUUCCGGGAGACGAGUCGAUCACUUUCUUUGGCACCAAGAAUCGUUCAUUACCCCAG